AGAAACAAAGAGCAUUGGUACAUAUGUUUCUUCAGAAACAAUACAAGCCUGACAAGCAUGCGUCGGUCGUUGUCGUGGUCGUGCAACAUAGAAAAAAGAAGUAGUCCUCCAGUGAGGGUGAGCUCGACAUGAUUAUGCGCUGCCUUUCUUGGCGCUUGUGGAUCUUCCCUUGAUUGUCAGGAUGUCUGCGCCGAGUGCUUUGCACCAGCAGCACAGAAGAUCUCAGCGGCAGGACGAAAUUGCCGGCACGGAAGAAGAAUCAUCGUCGCAAAAGAGGCUCGCAACAUCAUCCAUGGCGCCCGCGGUCUCGCAGGACGGGUUUCCGUCCGAGCUUGAGCAGACGAGAUGGCGCCGCGUUAUGACAAACUACGCGCAGUUGUCCAUUUACACGAAGCGCGGAAAGCCCUCCCCGCGGCUGUUCCGUACGGUGGCCGUCGCGUGCAUCGCAUAUUGGAGCGUCGUCGCUUUCUUCACGUGCAAUGAACCUGCCGAAACGACAAGCAGAAACAGAACGGUGUUGGGCGCAGCAGGUGUGGAAGCUCCAACUGCGGUGUCUCCAUUCAAGCUGUCCUGGUUCUAUCCCACGUUCGCGACGUGGAUGCUGAUUGCCGUACUGUACUUCGGGCAGCGCUUCAUGGAGGCGCGAACGCCGCGUCGCGUUUGGCCGGCACUACUUCUCUUUGACACCUGCUGUUUCUGUGCGAGUUUCCUGCUCUUCGUCACGGCGGGAAACUGCAUUUUCGACUACUUUGGCUACCUUUCCGGCGACCCGAUCAUUAGCCGGGAGGCUUCUACGGUCGGAAAUGAUGACGUUUUGCCGAUGCCACGCGGCGUCACAAAGCUGGUGAACAUUGCAAAGAUCAUGCGCCUGCAGUACCACCUGACCUUGUUCGAGGUAUUCGAGAUUGUCUUUGUUGUCGCCGCGAAAAAGUUCCGGCUACCGGUGAGCUUGCUCAACGUGUACGUAAAGACGAUGCUGAUGUGGGCCUGGUAUGUAGCGGCGCGGCACCUGAUGCUGUGCGCCGAAGAGGCGGUAGGCCAGGCGCGAAGUAGUGCCGCCCAGCAGGAGCCAAGCAGAGUAACGGACUUGAAUUUCUUCGAAGAGGUGCCGCAGUCUGCCGCGUCUGCGAGUCACAUGAUUUUGAUCCUGUUUGUGAUGAACCUGUUUUCUCUCCUCACGUACGGUUACUACAUCGCCUCCAUGCUACUCGCGAAGGAGUGCGGAUCCGCGGAGUCGUCUUCGAACACGCAGCACCACAGCAGCCGCGGAGGUACCGUUACAGCUGCCGUGCGUCCUAGCGCUAUUUCGACCUCGAGCGCCAGAAUGGCAAGUGCAGCUACUGGUGGCAGAAAUACGAAAGGUAGAGUUUCGAUCGAGGACGCAGAUACGACACCGUCUCUGUCGGAUUGCACACCCCAAUCGUCAGGCACGUGCUCGGACAACUGCGAAGAAAAACUUGCGACGCCGCGGACAAGAAAAGUUGUAUCGCACAGCACAAGUUCGAGUGCAAAGAAAAGCGCGAAAUUCAGGAAAAGGGACUUGAACGCGAAGCGGACCUCCAACAAAGUCAGUGGCGACAUCUUCACGGGGCAGGACACAAGCGAAACGACCAGUCGUGUGUCUUGUAGUGCAGAAGACGACAAGCGAACUUUGUCACUGUCCGCUUGCCAUGCCCCCGAAGCAGCCGCCGACCAAACGGAAAGCUGUCAGAAGCACAAGGGUGUUGCUACGCUGUUGCAGGAGAGCAUUCUGGCCGUCGUGGCCCUGUGCAACAGUUUUGUGCUUCGUCAUUUUCCCGCUCUGCAAUGGGCGCAGCACAUGAUUUUGUUUCUCCACGCGGUGUUUCAGUUUAGCUGCCUUCUCCUUGUGCAGACGAGCAGCCCAGCUACCUUGAAUGCAGAUUUUUCGUCCUCAUUUCCGUCGCCUCUCUUCCAGGACAGUUGGUUCGGAAUCGAGCAAAUAUUCUCUCUCGGCCCGUUGCACAAAAACCCGCUGCUGCACAUUACCAAUCCGGUGAUCCCUUUGCUCGAACUGCUGGUUUGCAGCCAGCUGCUGCUGCUGUACGUCGACUUCAACGUGCACAGCCAGGAUCAGCACCUAAGCGGACAUAACAAAGACGGCAAGGAACAUCAACCCGAGGCCCGGUUCUGCUUUUCCUUCGACAGUUGCGGGUGGCUUUACGUGUACCACUGGGGCGUCGCGACCUUUAUCUACGACCACUUAUCCUGUGGAACGGGCGAAUACCCGGCGGAGCUCGCCUUCUCCGGGGCGAGCGGGGGCGCUUUGGUGGCUGGGGCACUGGCGCUGGGGUUGAACCCCAUGGACGUCUGCUUCGACACCAUCCGCCAGUCGGGCCCCUGCCGGUGGAGCAUCUUUGAGGCAUUUCGGCUGUGCGACCGGACACUGGCGAAGUGGGUCCCGGCAAGUGUGUCUCACUGUACGGGCCGGUUGCGCAUUCUCAUGACCCGCUUGUCCUUCUGGCGCCCACCCUUUGCGAAGGGACAGGUAAGUACCUCAGACAUCUUCAUUCUUCGUGACGAGUGCUAUAUUGAUUCCGGAACCGCGCCAUGGACCCGCACUAUGUCAAUGUGAUCGUGUAGUUGAUGGCAAAAUAGAUACUCAAUUUUUCGUGUUUUAUCUGAUUUUCUACCAUGUGCAGGUUGUCACCCAGUUCGAGGACCGCACCCACUUCAUCCAGUGCCUCCGCGCCUCGUCGCACAUUCCCCUGCUUGGGGGGCUGUUUCCGUAUUUUGUGGAGAAGUACAGGGCCUACUACGUGGACGGGCUGAUGUGGCUUUCCUUGUUUGUCCACUGGCGGACCUUUAGCCCGAGCGACUACGUGACGCGCGUGAGCGCCACCGGGGUGUACCCGAACGCGGAUAUCAGUCCCCGGAAGACGUUUCCCGCCUGGUGGGCGAUUUUUCCGCCGGGCGAGGAAGUUUUGGAGGGCAUGUUCUGGCAGGGCUACCUGGACUGCAAGGCGCACUUUGAGCGGAACCACCGGACCGUUCCGCGGGUUUGUGGCUGCUCGUGCCGCUCGUCUCCGGCGCGCUCGAAGACCGGCUCGCGCUCGAGCUCCAAAGACACUUUCUACCACGGAAUGAUCCGCAAUGAAGACGAGAACUGUGGUGCGUUCAACGCGGAAGCCUUGCAACCAGCGCACCAGCGGACUCCCUUGCACAGCGGUCAUUCUACAGCUUUCGCAACGAGGUCACUUUCGCGUAGCUUCAUCUCGCGGGAAGAUUGUGCAGCGCCAGGACGAGCUGCUGGUGUUUCUGAAGAACAAGAAGAGCAGCUGUCAUUUCCUCGGACCGCCUCGACCACGCCGGCGGUUUUUCUCGAGGCACAGGGCGAAAUUUUGUCAUCCGACUCGGACUUAGAGGAGCCCGACGAACGCCUGCCGCCCGCGCUGGUGUUUCAGGAUUUGCGUCGCCGCUCGGUUUUAGACAACAAACCGAGCAGCCGAAGCGGGUCAAAAGGUUUUGAAAACUUGACGUCGUCCUCGUUUUCUGACCAAGCAGGAGACCGCAGCAGCAUCACCUUCUCGCAGCCCGACCCGGGUCUUCUGAUCCCAAAUCCGGACAGUAAUUCCGUUGCCUCUGUGGACGAAGGUGAAGGGCGGUGUGUCAGCACAGAUUGUCCUACAACAACUUCCAAGGAGAUCAGUGCGUCGAGGACCUCUCCGCGCAAACGGGGGAAGAGAGCACGAAACACGUCUGAAUGCUUGACAGCAUCCGCAUCAGAGAAAAAUUGCGCCGCUGCAGAGCAAGACAGAGCGACGUUUUCCAAUGGAUCAGAGAUGAAGGAGCCUCAUCCACCAGCGGGACCUGGGAUAGGCAAGGACCACCAAGACGUGUUGUCCCGCGCAAACGUGAACAUCAACCCCGCCAUCGCGCUCUGGUCUUCUGGCACUUACCACGCAUCGUUGAGCCAGCAGCGCCUGGAAGCAAAUUCUGCGGAGGUCGAGCGCCUCAUCGCAGUCGCAGAUCACCACAUCGAGACCAGCUGGGUGGCGUGCUUCAUGAGUUUUCUCCUCAUCGGGCUAGCUUUCAUCGCCUUCUCUUGAACAUCAAGACGAAUCACACGCAAUUUCUAUACAGCUCUUGUUCCAUUUGACUACUACUCCGAUUUUCCUUCCAAAUGAAUCGCAUGAAGAAGAAGAUAAGUAGACUCUACUAGCACCGCUCUUUUCGGAGAAGCAGUACAAGUUCCUGCGGAUACCGACAGCGACAUACUCAUUGACUCCUGACGAAGGAGACCAUCACCUAGUGUAGUAUCUGGCGGUAUACUAGCUCUAGCAAACCAGGGUAAACUCAUAAUUUUUUCAGCAAAUCCGAAGAAAACGAAAUGCUGGUGUUGCAAAAACGGAUACUUUUGCUCUUACCUACGCUUUUUCAAACAUCAUGACCGCCGUAGCUAGUGGGUUCUUGUGUGUAGCUUUGGUCUUAUUCUUGGUCAUAUCAACAUCAAAAUGCAGUCUAACCGCUACCAGACACACGCUUAUCUCUUUGGUGGGCCAGAGAUAUGUUAAAUUCUUCGAAAAUUACAUUCCAUACAUACCUUUCCAGGCCGGCGCCAUCUGCCGUUGUUUUUUUUUGCUUGAUUUGUUACCACGAGCAUUAUCUCAAGGAGAAGUAGAUAAUCCUGGUCCUGCGCUCUGAUUUGCCUACGCAUUUGCCUUCAACUACCAAGCUAGGAGCAAUUCCGAGGUUUGAUGAGUCAAUUUUCCCAUUGGUUUUUUAGGCAAAGAGGACCAGAACAAGUUGCUGCAGGACGCGAAAUGAAUUCUGUACUUACAACUGGAUUUUUGGUCACGGAGUUUGGGGAGUAGCAUCAUCAAUGCCCAUGUGAAAUG